CUCUGAAUGCGCGUCCCCGUCAGACUGAGACCAGCAGCUCCUCAUCAGUCUGCGCUGGAUCAGAACCUCCGCUCCGGAUCCCGGAGCUGCAGGUCCGGUUCUCUGUCUGCAGCGGGACGAUGCUUCCCUCCUGCUGCCGGGAAGCAGCUCUCUCCUCCGGCUUCCUCCGCCCCGUGGAGCCCAGGCUGCUCCUCUCCUCUGCGCGCUGAACUUGGAGCAUCUGCGGGGAUUAAACUGUUGUUUGUGUCCGGCUCUCCUGGUUCUGAUCUCCUCCCUGAGGAAACCAGCCUCCUCCCUUAUUGGGUGGAGAAUUUUCCAGCCUGCAGGAUUUUUUUUCUUCCUCCCUGUGGCUCCUGGAGGAGCAGAGCUUCUCCAGCUCCUGCUCUGUGAUGGAGAUGCUGUGAGGACGGAGCACCGCUGGGGGAGAGGAUGGGAGGAUAAUCCUGCAGUGGGAUUAUAUUUCCAGGCUCAGGCAUGGAGGCUGAGCUUGGAUGAGGGUCUGGAAGCAGCAGGAACUUUCCAGGCGAUCAGGGAGAUUGAUCCACAUCUGCCUCCAGAAUCCAUCCUGGAAAAGAGGAAGGCUGAUCCACAGGUGAAGAGCAGAAUUACUCCCAAUCAGAACCAGGAGUUCAUGAAACCCAAAGGAGAAAAGCUGCUGACGUCCAGGAGGAUGAGUCUUUAGACCCGGAUCCAAGCAGAGCCAGAAAUCAUCCAGAUCAGUUCUGGUUCUGAAAUGAUCCACUUCAUCCUCCAGUGUUCUGCUCUGAAAUUGUCUUUAAUUUAAAUCAAAAUAUCAUCAUCAUAGAGUAAAAACAUGAUGGAGAAUCAGAGGAAACGUGCUUCCUGAACACAGAAUGACCCGGUUCCUGCUGUGCUGACAGAACCAGAACCAGACCUUCAUCAUAUUCAGAACCACCAGAAACAGGAGGAGGACGCCACGUCCCAUCCCAUGAGGGAGCAUGACGGACCGGACCGCCCCGGGCUGCCGCCUCAGACUGGACUGGGUCUACGGGUACCGGGGCCACCAGUGCCGGAACAACCUGUUCUACACAGCAGGGAAGGAGGUGGUGUACUUUGUGGCUGGGGUGGGGGUGGUCUACAACACCAGGGAGCACAGCCAGAGGUUCUACCUGGGCCACAACGAUGACAUCAUCAGCCUGGCGCUGCACCCAGAGCGCUCCCUGGUGGCGACGGGUCAGGUGGGGAAGGAUCCCUAUGUGUGUGUGUGGGACUCCUUCACCGUGCAAACCGUCUCCCUUCUGCGGGACGGACACACACACGGCAUCGCCUGCCUCGCCUUUAGCGCCGACGGACAGAGGUUGGCUUCGGUCGGUUUGGACGCAAAGAACACGGUUUGUAUCUGGGAGUGGAAGAAAGGGAAGAUCCUGGCCACGGCCACCGGACACUCAGACCGGAUCUUUGACAUCUGCUGGGACCCGUUUCAGCAGAACCGGCUGGUGAGCUGCGGAGUCAAACACAUCAAGUUCUGGUCCCUCUGUGGAAACGCCCUCAGUCCAAAGAGGGGGAUCUUUGGGAAGACGGGCGACUUGCAGACCAUCCUGUGCGUGGCGUCGGCUAAAGAUGACCUCACGUACUCCGGCACGCUCAACGGAGACGUUUACGUGUGGAAAGGACUGGGCCUGAUGCGAACGGUUCAGGCGGCGCAUGGGGCGGGGAUCUUCAGCAUGUUCUCCUGUGAGGAAGGUUUCGCCACGGGAGGAAGAGACGGCUGCGUCCGUCUUUGGGACGUCGACUUCAAACCGAUCACUAAAAUCGACCUGCGGGAGGCGGAGCAGGGAUACAAAGGUCUGUCGAUCCGAAGCGUCUGCUGGCGCGCCGACAGGAUCCUGGCAGGAACUCAGGACAGUGAGAUCUUUGAGGUGAUGGUGCGAGAGCGCGACAAGCCGCUGCUCAUCAUGCAGGGUCACAGUGAGGGAGAACUCUGGGCGCUGGAUGUUCAUCCCAAAAAGCCUCUGGCUGUGACCGGCAGCGACGACCGCUCCGUCAGAUUGUGGAGUCUGGUCGACCAUGCCCUCAUCGCCCGCUGCAACAUGGAGGAGGCGGUCCGCAGCGUGGCGUUCAGCCUGGACGGAUCCCAGCUGGCUCUGGGUAUGAAGGACGGAUCCUUCACCGUCCUGAGAGUCAGAGACAUGACGGAGGUCGUCCAUAUCAAGGACAGGAAGGAGGUGAUCCAUGAGAUGAAGUUCUCUCCAGAUGGAUCGUAUCUUGCUGUCGGCUCCAAUGAUGGACUGGUGGAUAUCUACGCAGUCGCUCAGAGAUACAAGAAGGUGGGAGAAUGCAGUAAGUCCAGCAGCUUCAUCACACACCUGGACUGGUCUGUGGACGGUAAAAUCCUGCAGAGCAACGACGGAGCAGGAAAGCGCCUCUUCUACUGGAUGCCCAUGGGGAAACCGAUCAUUAACAAAGAGGAGGUGAAAGGUCAGCGCUGGGCCUCGUGGAGCAGCGUCCUGGGGUCUGAGGUCAGCGGAAUUUGGCCAAAAUACUCAGACUCCAUCACGAUUAACGCCGUGGACGCCAACCUGAGCGCUGCUGUGCUAGUCACAGGAGAUGACCUCGGUCUGGUGAAACUCUACCGCUUUCCAUGCCUCCGGAAAGGAGCCAAAUUCAAGAAGUACAUCGGUCACUCGGCCCACGUCACCAACGUCCGCUGGUCCAACGAUCUGCAGUGUGUCCUCACCACAGGAGGAGCCGACCACGCCCUCUUCCAGUGGAGGUUUCUACCUGAGGAGGUGAUGAAUGGAGGCCUGGAUCUAAAUAUACAAGAGGGUCAUGGAGACUCCAAUAGUGAGGAGUCAGACAGUGAUGUCUCUGACGUCCCGGAGCUGGACUCUGACAUCGAGCAGGAGACACAGAUCAACUACGAGCGACAGGUCUAUAAGGAGGACCUGCUUCAGCUGCGGCAGCAGAGCAGAGAGAAGAAGCAGCAGGUGGGAUCUCUGAAGAGGCAGAAAGGACCGGAUCAGGGCCUCCGGCUGCAGUUUGUUCACGGAUAUCGAGGUUACGACUGCAGGAACAACCUGUUCUACACCCAGAGCGGCGAGGUCGUCUACCAUGUGGCAGCGGUGGGUGUGGUUUACAACCGGCAGCUGCACAGCCAGCGUUUCUACCUGGGCCAUGAUGACGACAUCCUGAGCCUGAGCAUCCACCCGCUGAAGGACUACGCUGCAACAGGACAGGUGGGCAGAGACCCAGCCGUCCACGUUUGGGACGUCCAGACCCUGAAGUGUCUGUCGCUGCUUAGGGGUCACCAUCACAGAGGCGUGUGUGCGCUGGACUUCUCAGCUGAUGGAAAGAGUCUGGUUUCCGUCGGAGUGGAUGACGGACAUUCCAUCGUCGUUUGGGACUGGAAGCGAGGAGAGAAACUGGCUACGGCUCGGGGACAUAAGGAGAAGAUCUUUGUGGUGAAGUGUAACCCCAGUCUGAUGGACAAACUGGUCACUGUGGGAAUCAAACACAUCAAGUUCUGGCAACUUGCAGGCGGGGGCCUGACCUUCAGGCGUGGUGCGUUCAGGGGCAUGGGCCGUCCAGAGACCAUGAUGUCGGUGUGCUACGGACGCACCGAGGCGCUGGUGUUCUCUGGAGCCGCCACCGGAGACGUUUACAUCUGGAAGGAGCCGGUGCUGCUGAAGACGGUGAAAGCUCAUGACGGGCCGGUGUUCGCCAUGUUGUCCCUGGACAAGGGUUUUGUGACGGGAGGGAAGGAUGGAGUGGUGGAGCUGUGGGACGACAUGUUUGACCGCUGCCUGAAAACCUACGCCAUCAAGAGGACGGCUCUGUCCGCAGGGUCUAAAGGCCUUCUGCUGGAGGACAACCCGUCCAUCAGAGCCAUCAGUCUGGGUCACGGUCACAUCCUGGUGGGAACCAAAAACGGAGAAGUUCUGGAGAUAGACAAGACCGGACCCAUGACCCUGCUGGUGCAGGGUCACAUGGAAGGAGAGGUGUGGGGUCUGGCCGCCCAUCCUCUCCUUCCCGUCUGUGUCACCGUCAGCGACGAUAAAACCCUCUGUCUGUGGGAGACGUCAGCCAAUCACCGCAUGGUGGCCGUCCGGAAGCUGAAGAGAGGCGGCCGCUGCUGCUCCUUCUCUCCUGAUGGGAAAGCGUUGGCGGUGGGACUCAGCGACGGCGGCGUCCUGGUGGUGAACGCAGACACGCUGGAGGACCUGCUGAGCUUCCACCAUCGCAAAGACGCUAUUUCUGACAUCCGCUUCAGCCCAGAUCCAGGGAAAUACCUGGCGGUGGCGUCACAUGACAGCUUUGUUGACAUCUACAACACGUUGAGCACCAAGAGGUUGGGGAUCUGUAAAGGAGCGUCCAGUUACAUCACGCACAUGGACUGGGACGCCCGAGGUAAACUGCUGCAGGUCAACACCGGAGCAAAGGAGCAGCUUUUCUUCGAAGCCCCGAGAGGAAGAAGACAAACCAUCCAGAACUCUGAGCUGGAGCGGAUCGAGUGGUCCAGUUGGACCUCUGUACUGGGAUCCAGUUGUGAGGGAAUCUGGCCAACUCACAGUGACAUCACUGAGAUCAACGCAGCAUCGCUCACUAGAGACCGAACGCUGCUCGCCACCGGAGACGACUUUGGAUUCCUGAAACUGUUCAGCUACCCUGUCAGAGGUCAGUACGCCCGAUUUAAACGGUACGUGGGGCACAGUGCCCAGGUGACCAAUGUCCGCUGGGCGCAGGAUGACUCGGCCCUUCUGACGGUGGGUGGAGCCGAUACGGCUCUGAUGAUCUGGGCCCGGGAGCGAGGAGGCGGAGUCAACAGAGAGCUGGAUCCACCACCAGUGGCGGACAGCGAGGAGUCAGAGGAUGACAUCGAGGAGGAUGGAGGUUAUGACAGUGAUGUAGCCAGAGAGAAGACGGUGGAUUACGUCACUAAGAUGUACGCCGUCAGCAUCCGAGAGAUGAGAGGAACCAAACCUCACCAGCAGCAGAAGGAGCUGUCUCCUGAGGAAAGGGGAUCCAGGCCUCCUGUGAGUCGAGCAGCUCCACAGCCUGAGAAACUUCAGAGGAACAAUGUGUCCAAGAAAAAGAGAUCAGUGGAGGACCUGGUUUUGGAACACGUGUUUGGUUUCAGAGGCUUCGAUUGUCGUAAUAACUUGCACUACCUCAACGACGGCUCUGAUAUUGUCUAUCACACUGCUGCCACUGCCAUCGUCCACAGUCUGAGCAAUGGAACUCAGAGUUUCUACCUUGAACACACAGAUGACAUCCUCUGUCUGACCGUCAACCAGCAUCCAAAAUACAAAAACGUCAUCGCAACCGGCCAGAUGGGUGACUUCAGUGAAAUCCCAGGUACCAAUCCCUCUAUCCAUGUGUGGGACGCCAUGAGCAAACAGACUCUGUCUGUCCUCCGCUCCUCCCACGCCAAAGGAGUCGGCUACUUGAACUUCAGCGCCACGGGGAAGCUGCUGCUGUCUGUCGGUGUCGAACCUGAACACACCAUCACUGUGUGGCGCUGGCAGGAAGGAUCCAGGGUUUGCAGCAAAGCCGGACAUCCUGACCGGAUCUUUGUGGUGGAAUUCAGGCCCGACUCGGACACUCAGUUUGUUUCUGUGGGAAUCAAACAUGUGAAGUUCUGGACUCUGGCUGGAGGUGCUCUGAUGUACAAGAAAGGAGUGGUGGGGACGGUGAAGGACGGCAGGAUGCAGACCAUGCUCUCUGUGGCCUUUGGUGCCAACAACCUGACGUUUACCGGCGCCAUCAACGGGGACGUGUACGUGUGGCGAGAUCACUUCCUGCUGAGAGUGGUGGCGAAGGCUCACACGGGGCCGGUGUUCACCAUGUACACCACGCUGAGGGACGGGCUCAUCGUCACCGGUGGGAAGGAGCGGCCGACCAAAGAGGGCGGAGCGGUGAAGCUGUGGGAUCAGGAGAUGAAGCGCUGUCGGGCCUUCCAGCUGGAGACGGGUCAGCAGGUGGAGUGUGUCCGAUCCGUCUGCAGAGGAAAGGGAAAGAUCCUGGUGGGGACGAAGGAUGGGGAGAUCAUCGAGGUCGGGGAGAAGAACUCAGCGUGCAACCUGCUGCUGGACAGCCACGCCCGGGGAGGGAUCUGGGGUCUGGCUGCUCAUCCAAUCAGAGAGCUCUGCAUCACCGCCAGCGACGACGCCACCAUCAGGCUCUGGGACCUCAGUGACAAGAAACUCCUGAACAAAGUGUGCGUUGGCCAUGCCGCUCGCUGUGUGAGCUACAGCUCAGAUGGAGAGAUGCUGGCGGUCGGGAUGAAGAACGGAGAGUUCCUCAUCCUCCUCUCCAACUCCCUUAAGAUCUGGGCAAAGAAGCGAGACCGCAGCGCCAGCCUGCAGGACAUCCGCUUCAGCCCUGACCGCCGGUUGUUGGCUGUGGGGUCAGUGGAGAACACGGUGGACGUGUACGACAUGAGCGCCGGGCCGACCGUGAGCCGGCUGGUGUACUGCAGCGAUAUUCCUGCUUUUGUCCUGCAGCUGGACUUCUCUGCAGACAGCUGCUACAUUCAGGUGUCGACCGGAGCCUACAGACGGCUUGUGUUUGAGGUUCCUUCAGGAAAGCUCCUGAGUGAGCAGAGCACCAUCGACAGAAUCACCUGGGCGACGUGGACCAGCAUUCUGGGAGAGGAAGUUCUGGGAAUUUGGCCCCGGAAUGCCGACAAAGCUGACGUGAUCUGCGCCUGCGUGUCUCACGCCGGACUGAACGUUGUCAGCGGGGACGACUUCGGAUUGAUCAAACUCUUUGACUUCCCCUGCACAGAGAAGUUUGCCAAACACAAGCGCUACCUCGGCCACUCGCCUCAUGUGACCAACAUCCGGUUCUCCCAUGACGACAAAUAUGUGAUCAGCACAGGAGGAGACGACUGCAGCGUCUUUGUGUGGAAAUGUCUUUAAACAUCUGGAUCUGAAGCGCCUUAACAGAAGAAUCCGUCACUGGUUCUUCCUCCACGAACCGCCCAAGCGACGCUGCUCUGCUGAGGUUUCCAGGUGGUCAGGUGUCUUCCUCUGACUGCAGCGCCUCCUAGAGGUGGAGAAAUGUCUGCAUCUGUGGUGGGGAAAUCGUUGGAUCAUUGCAGCUUAUCUCUACCUGGACUCUGUCGAUCUGUUCUCUCUGGUCAUUAUAUGAUUUUAUAAUUAAAUUUAAUAUUAAUUAGCUUGUUGCUGCAACAUCAACCAUGUACAGUAGUAGCCAUUCAAAAUUUCCCACUUUCCUUGAUGGGUCCUUGGCUAAUCCUUGGCUAAUCUUUGGUUAGUUCUUGGCCAGUCCAUGGUUAGUCCUUGGUUAGUCUUUGGCUGGUCCUUGGCCAGUCCUUGGUUAGUCCUUGGUUAGUCUUUGUCUGGUCCUUAGCCAGUCCUUGGUUAGUCCUUGGUUAGUCUUUGGCUGGUCCUUGGCCAGUCCUUGGUUAGUCUUUGUCUGGUGCUUAGCCAGUCCUUAGUUAGUUCUUCGUUAGU